UUGUGACCCACCUCAUGAUGCAGUUGGAAACUAGGGUCCAGGAUGAACAGCUACUAGCAACCAACACCACGACCCGGUGACCUCCAGUGAUUAUUUCGCUUUCAGUGUGAACGCCCCUCGACACAAGUCAGAACAUAACCAAUGGGCAGCAUCUCAGAGGGACUUACUUGUGCAGUUGUUUGAUAACAACAGGGAGGAGCCGUGUGUGCUUGUGAGUGCGUGCGCCCCAGAGAUGAGCCAGACACUCACUCACCAAGUCAUCAUUCAGCUCUGUUAUUCUCAGGAGCAACAGGAAGAGGCUGGCUUAAUUUUCAAGGAGGAAUUACAUCAUCUGCAGCUCCACACAGGGAAGAGAUGUAAACAUGUCCCGUGUAGAGGAUCUCUGUAUCGUUCAUCAUUCUGUUAGUGUCUGGUUAUGAUUCCAAGGUGUUGCAAGUUUCUGUCAGGUAACAUUGUUGACUAUAGCUGUGAAACUGUUGACGAGCAGCGACAGAAGAUUCAGUCCAUUAACAUCGGGCAGCCCACAACAAAUGUAAUCGUACAACCGUCUAAGCCAUCCAGUGCCGGGAGCAGAGGAAUUACAGAGACGACUCGGCCUUCCUCCCAACCCACGUCUGCCAAGAUGUCCUCAGAAACACACGCUGUAGACGCCACCCCAGCCCUCCCUGAGCUUCUAGGAGACAUACCUUUCACUUUAGCACCACACAUCCUGGCCAUGCAGGCGGGACUGCCCUUUGUCACAGAUAUCACCUUGCCUCACAACAUAAAUGACAAACUAACCAACUUUCGUUAUGACUUCACCUUGGAGAACUCAGUGCUUUGUGAGCCGUGACUCUUUGGCCAUCAGUUACAUCACUAAACCCGUGGUGAACUAUGAGCCUUUCCUCUUUAACCGUUUGCCUUUUAAAUAAACCAAGAUCUAGUUUAGCUGACAGAAAUCAGUCACUGACUGAAAUCCGUCAUCUGUCCUUUUAGUUUAAAUAAGUUAGCAUCAAGAUGGUUUACAAUCUCUCAGGGUCUUGCACUCGAUUGUGAGAUGAGCGUUACUGUCUUGUUUUAACACAUGUAGAAUGUAGUUCAAAUUUUUACGGGUGUACAAUCUCUCGGGUGUAAAAGACUGCAGGUUCCUGUAGCAUAAGGUGAUGUGCUGAACUGAAAUAGGGUUGUUUUGAAACUGCUAGGUUUCUUAGUAGUUGCAUUGGGCUGGUUGAUGUUUCAGACGUCACGGUCUGUGUUGGCCUUCUUUAGUUUUUUUUCUUACUUCUGCAAAGACUGUAAUUUAUAGAAUCGGUUUUAAGGUCAUUGACUGAAAACAGCCAGGGAAAUGUAUUAUAUAUUGAUAUAUCUCUCAGUGAUCUUUAAAUGUAUGUAAAAUAAAUAACUUGGUAAUAGAAUUAUUUUAUUCAAAUGCAAAUUAUAUUUAAAAAAAACUCCCUGUCUGCUAUUGGUCAGUCAAACAGUUUGUCCCGCCCUAAACGGUUGCUAUUGGUUGACUCAGAUGUCUGGUUGGGAUGUGCAAACAACAACAAUGUCCUGAUACUGGUGCAGUGUUUUGCUCUUUUCAUGGGAAUCAGGAUAGAAUAUAUCUUACUUGUAGUUGUCUGCAUAUAAUACUGGGAUAUGAAGUGUUUUUAUCUCACAAAAAUUACACACAUCACUUUAAGUUUCUUAUGAAUGGAGUGCACUUAAAAUCACGAAACAGACAUCGGAGGGCUUUUUAUAAAUAGGCCAAUAUCAUAUCUCUCUGUUCGUAAAAGUGUGCUUUUUACUUGUUUGUGUAAAUAUAAAUACCUCGACUGGUGUUUGGUUUUAAUGCAUGACGGUUUUAAGUUCUGCCGAUACAUGACACACCCCAUUUUGGAAGGCAGAUAUGUAUUCUGAACUAAGUUUGAUUGCAAAAACGUGCACAUGGAUUUUAGUAGGAUUUACUGUUCUGUUUGAAUAUGCCACACAGUUUCUUGUUUUUCUUUCAUCUGAAUUUCAGUUAAUGAAUGGGUUUCAUCAUAGUGUGUGCUGCUAUUUACACAAUGCACUCAGGAGUUCAGCUGUCUCAAGUGUUUACUUAAUAUCGGCUGAUACUACUUCAUAUCUCACUUUUGUUUUAAAAAAAAAUGUGAUUAGUCCGUUUUGAUUUGUCUUUCCGACAUGGUUAUUUUAUUUUAGCUUCCUCCGAAUGUAUCUUAACUAUCCUUUUCAAAAAUGUACUGAAGUAAUCAAAGUUGUGUUUGCGCUAUAAAAAUGUCUGUAAAAUAA